AUGGGUCGACGCGCCGCUUCUGCAACAAAGAAGACAGCAGCAGCGAGGAAGCAUCUCGACAAAUGGACAGCGCGUGCAACGCAGCGCUACAAAGAUGAGCAGAUGCGGGAACUAGGGCCGGAUGAAACUCGAAAAGGCGCACGGAAAAUCUGCGAGGAGAUCCAGGAGGAGCAUUUGGUGCAAUAUGGGAUGUCCAUUUCGAUAUCGCACACAACUAUCACACGACAUGCUGCUGGAGGGGAAAAACUCAGUGAUUUCAACGCGUCAAAGAGCUGGGUACUUGCCAAGGAGGAACCCAUCAUCAUAUCCUAUGCUCGCAAUCUUGCUGCGCGCGGCUUCCCUCUGAAUCAUGCACUGUUGAAGGAGUGCAUUGAGGCUGUUGUUUGUGCACGGUUGGGUGACGCGUUUCCAGCUGAUGGUCUGGGGAAGAACUUCACGGCACGCUUUCUGGAAAAGCAUUCGGAUCAGCUCCGAACUUGCUGGGCCAGCAAUCUCGAGAACAAACGCGGACGUGCUGUAAAUCCUGCAACACAUGAGGCAUGGUUCCAGCUUCUCGAGGAAACACUUGCCGGGAAGAAGGACUGGAUGUUUGAUGAAGAUCCUAAUGACUGGAGCGAAGACAAUGGUCCGCCAGAAGGAUUUGUGCCAGUUCCAGUGCUCGAGGAGAAUAUCUACGGGAUGGAUGAGAGUGGAUUCUUGAGUGCUGGGAACACAAAGACACGCACCUCAGUUACCACCGCCAUCACCCGGUUGCACCCCCGCGGGGGUCCUCCUGGGUACCCUCAGACGUAG